AAGGGAAGAGCGAGGCGCCGGGCUCUUUGCGCCUUGCCCGGGAGAGCCGAGGGCAGAGCUGGCUCCCACCUGGGGCUGGGCGGCGAGAGGAGCGCCUUGCCUCUCUCUUCCGACUGAGAGCUUGCUCUCUGCUCUUCUCUGUCCGCUUCUAACAGGGAUGUGAGCCACAAAGUCCAGCGAAGAGGAGAAGCCCAAAGCAGCAGCGCCAGCAGCAGCGCCGCCUCCUCCUCCUCCUCCUCCUCCUUCCGCGUGGCAUCUCCCCACGGAUCGGGUCCACCUGCUGCUCCUCCGCCUCUGGGAACCUCUGGCCUCUCUCUUCCUCCCUCUGGUUGCCUUCUUCCCUUUUCCUCGGGAAGCAAACAUGGAGAGCGGGGCACUUUCCAGCUCCCAGCAGCAGCUGAUCCGAGCCAGUUGGCAAAAAGUGAGCGCCAACCCUUUGGAGCACGGCAUGGUCCUCUUCAGCAGGCUUUUUGAUCUGAACCCUGAUCUCUUGCCCCUUUUCCAAUACAACUGCAAGAAGUUCUCUACUCCUCAGGAGUGCCUCUCAUCACCUGAAUUUUUGGAGCACAUUAGAAAGGUAAUGUCAGUAAUAGAUGCAGCUGUAACCCAUAUGGAAAAUUUGCAUUGUCUGGCAGAAUACCUUGCCAACCUGGGUAAGAAACAUCAGACAGUUGGUGUGAAGCUUGAGUCCUUUUCGACGGUGGGGGAGUCUUUGCUAUUCAUGCUGGAACAAUGCCAUGGCCCAGCUUUUGACAUGAAUGUACGUGAGGCCUGGAUCAAGCUGUACAGUACUGUGGUGGAAGCCAUGGCUUGUGGAUGGGACGUUCCUGGAAAGGUGGAAUAAAGCAGCGGCUGAGAUGCUUGAAGGCUCUGGCUGUUCUGGAUCAGGGACAGCUUUGAAGAGAGAGCACACCUGCCUUUCCAGCUCCGUGUUUUUCAGAGUAAUGUCUUUCUCUCUCUCAACAGCUUAUAUCUCUUGUGUUUUCUUUUGCAUUCUCCAUGUCUUUUGUGAAAAACAUGACAGGGCUCCCAAAUUCCUCUACUUGUUGGCUUGUAGGGGGCAGGAGAGAGCCAGUCUGGAAUUGCAUCUAGAAGAGAAGCAGAGAGUGAUGCAGCUUCCCUUCCAAAAAGGCUCAUUACAGGUUUUUAUUCUCUAUUUUCAAAGAGUAGUUAGAAGUAUCUCCUAGGGCAGAAAGGUUAUUGCACCAGCUGUUCCAUUAAAGGAAGAAAGCCUGAGGUUGUAACAGUGAAGUGAGCCAAUAGAGUGUGCAUUCCUUUGGGAUUAUCCAAGCAGUAUAGCUUUUCCUUUCUUUUUUAAAACUCCCAGACAUACUAAGCCUUCUCUUAGUUCAUCUGAGUUUAGGGUGGUUAUGUUUUUAAUAAGCUUUCCCACAAAUUACAACUUGGAAAGCCAGUAGAGCUGUCAGUUUCCUGUGUGUGAAAACAAAAUCUUGUCAUGGAAUUUGUGACAGAUGUAGCAUUGGUCUUGGAAAGAGCAUCCCGAAUUCAUUCUGGUUUCAAGCCAAAGAGAGCUGGUAGCAUAAAAUUCAUUUCUGGGCAGUUGCCAUUCUUCCUCUUUCUUUUGAAGCAUUUUACAACAGCCUGCAGGGUGUUCGACAGAAUCCUUUUCACUUUUUUGUUGAAUUUUAAUUAAAAGCAAACUUCUUCGCUCUUGUUAUUGUUGUUGAAGAGCAGGGACAGGAAUUGUGAAGCCCUCCACGCAUUGAAUUGCAACUCCCAGUAGGCCAAGCUAAUAUUGACAAAGGUGCUGUGUGCUGUACAUCACCAUCAUUUGGAGUGCCCCAAAAUUCCCCCAGAAAAAUUUGAGUAGUUAAGCCACUUGCUUAACUUUUGAUGUUGGUAAGGAAGCUAAUUCAAUCAGGAUUCCACUUUGAGAGGAAGGUGACAUAUUACCCUGUCAAGUGAAUCGGGCUACAAUUUCCACUAUCCUUAGUCAGUCAUACUGGUUGAUGGGAGUUGCAGCUGACACAUUUACAGGAUGCCAUGUUGGGUAGGAUUGCUUUGAGGGCCCCAUCUUUUACUUGUUUUUUACUGCAGGACCAAGUCCACCACAGGGAAAUUCUGAGUACGACUGUGUAGGAAGGCAAAGGGUAAGUCUUGCCCUGAGGCCAGGCCUAGAUAAGGAAAAAAAUGCCCAUGAUGAUGAUGAGGUGAGAAGUAUUUUGAGGGUCCUUUUAUCAUUAAUGUAUGUGGUUGAUCUUGGAAAGCUGGUUUGAUUUCAGAUAGCUCGAUGAUCAAAAGUGAUACAACUGGUAAACCAGCUCUGUCUUGGAUCACAGACAUACCACACUUUUACAUGUGCUUUUAUGUAUCAUUAAUAGGCUGAUUAAUCAAUCCUGUAGGAUGAUAUCUUGUCACUAUAUCUGAUAUGUGAAACUGUUUAAUCUUGUGGACUAAGUAGGGGUUGGAACUUCCAGACCAAGUGGAAGCAGCUGCCGAUCCAAAAUCAUAUAUUUCCUUUAUGUGUAAGGAACAACUGUUUUUAUGUGUAAAAAAAAAUCACUUGAGCAAUCUUUUCAUGUUUUGGUUUAUGUACUGUUGUAUUAAAGUGUCCUUGUGGGAGAGAUAAUACACAUUUUUCCCAAGAAAA